AUGACGAUUGGAGACGCGGCUAGCACAUCGAAAGAUGUAGGGUUGGAUGGUGGGCAGAUGGAGGAGUAUAGUGGCUUCGUGAGCAGCCAAUACACAUCAGUCCCAGCAGUCGGUGAUGCCUCUAGGUGCCAUAACCUACAUGCAGCAUCGGAUCUAGUCACUCCAAUUGAUGAUACGGCUCUCGAUCCACCUUUCCUAGCCAAUCCGUGGAAACUCCCUCAACUUGAACCAGUCCCAGAUGAAGAAGGAAGCCGUGAUAAAGGAAAAGAGGUUGAACGUGGGAGAACAUUAGAGCGAAGCCCAAGAUAUUCGAAUCCUCUCGCAAAGGCUGAAUCACGACCUCAAAGGAACAAAACAACCAUUGAAGUGGAUGGUCGCUCAAUAAGAACACGCGAUCGAAGCCAGACUCUUCAUGAAAACCCAAAUGAUCCUUGCGCAAUUUUUGAUGACCAGGUAUUGGAACCCUUAAUAGGUAUAGCACAACAAGAUAGUUUCUCGGAAGUGCUUAGUGGACAUGCAUCUCCAGCAAGUUUGAACGGCUCCCUCGACGCGAAAGAAUUAAAGGGACGACUUCGAUCUAGAACUUCAGGGGGAAGCUCUCUGGGAUCAACUAUAUCUCCUAUUGAAUCACUCACUCGAACAGUCACAACCGUUUACAACGAUUCCACUCCUGUUUUCCCAGACCCAACCUUACCAGUCGAAUCAUCUUCUUGUCGACUACCUAGUGUUGAUCGACUAGAAGAAUCUGCUCGUCAGUCGACAUCAUUCACUUUCUCAAAACUACCAACGGAAAUCAUUCAACAAAUAUAUGAUUAUCUUACUCCGGCUGAUUUCAAUUCGGCGAGACAUACAUGUCGAACAUGGUUUUUUACUAGUAUAGAACGUUCCCUUCUUGAAAAUAUGAUCCGCCGUGGAGGUUGGGAAUCUAGCUGUCAACAGGAAAUCUCUGAGACAAAAUGCGCGGCAUUUAAACGUAGUCCGGAGUAUGAUUGGUUCAUGAGUAAGCGUAUCUCGAGAGAGUGUGCUCUUGGGCCAAAUUGGACGGGGCGCGGGGUACCAGUGAGUCCGGACAGGUUUCCACUAGAAUCGAAACAGUCGUCAUUUUCAUCAGCUUCAAUGGUGGAUUUCACAGAAGUCGCUGUCCAAUACAAAGAUACGACUCCUGCUGGAACUAUUUUCACGGUGAGUAGCUGUGGAAAGUUCUUGAUGGCUGCGAAUGGUUGUUUAAUCUAUGUUUAUGAACUAAACAGAAGCCAUCAUGAUGUGGAUGAUUGGUAUGAAGUUCAACCUGGUUCUUUGCGUCCAGUCACCAGCAUCAUAUGUCCACACAGAGUGUUAGCUUGCAGCAUGGAUACUUCAUCACAUAGGUAUGCAAUAGCUGCUCUCCUCGAUGGGCGUAUGGGUCUUGUGUGCGAUAUUUCUCUUAGCAAUAUAGCUCCACCCACUUCUUCGGAACCUGGGACUGCGGACCUUUCUUCGCAGGAUUCGAGUCGCUCAGACCUCUCACUAUCUCCUAGAAAUGAUACUAAUCAUGGUGUAUCGUUUCUCGACCGUGUUAGUUUAGACAGUUCAGCUCCGGUUCAAAGGGCUGGAAGAUCUACAACUGCUUUUGUUUUCCCUGGCAUAGCUACAACUCGUAGUGGUGGUAGUUCUCCAGGGGUGGCGCAACGUCCAGAUUAUAAUGAAGCGUCCAGAUCAGCCAGUGCUGUAAAGAAUUCUUAUCCUCCUGAAGAAACCGGUCCACACUCCGUUGGAGCAGGUAGUCGAAUGCGGAGCAGAUUACCAGCUCGUAAAAAAUCAAACCUUAAUACCAGAGAAAUGCCCGUUGAAACAGGUACGCGUUCGAUAUAUAGAAACCUCUGCUCUGAAGAUGAUCCUCCUCGCUCAGUGGCUAUCUGUCCUCAACGACGAUGUGUAGCGUUUGGCUGCUCGGCCGGUAUCGAGUUGCAUUGGGUUGAUGCUUUGACUGGGCAAGAUCUGAAUAGAUGGUUUCCACUCACUGCUCCUAGCGAUUUUUUGUUCUUCUUACCUCCGCGGAAAAGUAUAGAUUCAGCGAAAAAGUUGAGGCUCAUUAGUACCCAAGCGAAUGUGCAGCUGUACAUGAGAGAGCAUAUGGAAGAAGACCACGAGGUGCUUCAUUUUGGCAAAGAAUCGGCUGGAAUGGAAGCCAGGGGGACAAUAGUGAGGAAAUGGAACAUGCUCAGCAGAUACUGGCACCAGUGGGAAGGUUUCGAAGUGAUUCCGGCAGAAGGGUCGACCAUUCUGAUCAUUAUCGUGCGGUACCACUUAGUGAUGGUUAUCAUAUCCUAUUUACUGAUCCAAGUACUGGAGCUCUUUGCUUGGGCAGUGAUGCACCUGUCGGAGGACCUACCAAAUUACUUCGUAAAGUUUGGUUUCAGGGAACCAGAAGGUAGAGGUAGUCCAACGGUCUAUGCUGGAGGUGCUGACUUAAGGUGGGGAGUGAGAGUUGUGGCAGCAUUUGGAAAGUUGUACAGAACAGAGUAUCUGGAUGUUCUCCGUUCCCGGAGACAAAGUUCUGUUGUACACAAACGAAGCAUUUCCAAGAAUUCUAAAAAUAUGCAAUGGCUGGACUGGUGGCCCGAUGAGGGACUUCAAGCAUGGCUGGAUCUCAUUCGGCAUCCGGUACCGGGUAUUCUUCCAGGAAGUAUGUGGCCAGUUAGGAUCAAGGGUCAAAGAAUAGGGACAUGUUCUAAUAUAGUUGACCUUGCGAUCGAUUCAAGUAAUGGUAUCACCAUUUGGGCAUUUAGCACGGAUGGGAUUGCUAAGAUUUGGCAUUUAGAAGAUGGAAAACACAGAGAUUUGGCAAGAUUAAGUGUAUUGAGAGAUGGUACAAUCCGCGAAAAUGAUUACGAGGGUGACAUUGAGUUGAACGGUACAUUUCUCACCUCUGAGAUUCUUCAACACCGCUCUACAAUAGAACAACAAUCAUUUGAUGGAACCAUGUCGCCAGAUAUAUCAACAAUUAUCACAGCACGAAGAGGCUCAGGCUGGAGUUACCAAAGUGUAAAUUAUGACUCGGAUGGUGAUGUGGUUAUGGAAGAUGUAUAUGGACCGGGCGUCGAUAUGCCAGCGACGUGGUCGAGACCGGAAAGAGUAUAUGAGGAAGGUCAACCGGUUCAGGAUCAACAGUAUCAGUAUUUAAUGUCCCGUUGGCCACGAUCGGCCGUGGGGUAUAGGAGGUGGUGGGAGAGGGCGGCAGUUAGUGGGGAUAUGGCGAGGGUGGUGGAGGCUAGGGGGGUUACGAGGAUCGAGAUUGAAAUUCGUUGA